UAUACAAAAGAAUAAAAUUUUAUUUUUUAAACAAAUAGUAAAAGUUAGAAAAUAUGACAAUGUAUUGGGAUUUGAUUUUAAGAAGCAUUUUUUUGGCAUUUAUCUUUGUCUUUGGAUUGAUUGGUAACGUAUUUGUUAUAUAUUUCUUCUCAUUUAAAAUGAGGAAAGCGCCAAACUUUCGUUGGUUAAUUGUUCAUCUUGCAAUUGCUGACGUUAUUUACGGUAUAAUCACUCCAACCCAGUUUUUAUAUUUGCUUUUUACAAAUGGCGAAUGGCGAUUGGGUGUUGUAAUGUGUAAAUGUGUUCAAUAUGUUGGUCCGCUUACUACAAACGUUAGUGCAUGGAUAUUAUGUUAUAUGGGUUAUGAACGCUAUACAGCUAUUUGCUAUCCGUUUCGGCAGCGUUUAUCAACUUUCACAAUACACCUUGGUGUUUCAUUUAUUUGGGUAUCAUGUAUGCUUUUAAAAGUGCAACAUGUUUUAAGAGGAGAUGUCAAAGAUAAGGUAUGUAUCAGUGAUAUUCCAACGUUAUACGAGUAUAAUGCAAACGCAAUCUUGACAUUAAUAGUUGAUAGUUUGAUUCCGAUGAUUUUUUUAACUUACUACUUAGUACGUGUAAAUGUAACACUGCGUCUACGUACAAAGUACUUGGAUGACCUCAGAAGUAAUGUUCCAAGUAUUAAUAUGAACACACUUUAUCAAGUUAGAAGACGGAAUUUUUACAGAGAUGUAAGUUGUGGAAGAAAUAACUUUUUUGCUGAAAACAACAACUGUCAAAGUAAUAAAUUUAGGUUGUCACGAGCUACGUCAUUUUGUGAAAAAAGACGAAAUGCAAUGUUUUUUGAUCCAAGUUUGCAACGCGCUGAACGAAUUGCACAAGAAUCGUACACUACAGAAAAUAUUGAAGAUUUAAAUAUAUGCAGACCUCUAUCAAGUAAAAACCAAUUACGUUGUCCUAAUCACAGUAUAAAUGCAUUGGUUGCCACAAUAAGUCGUAAACGAGCUUCAUGGAGAGAACUUGCCAGAAUAAGAAUCAAAGAGGCAGGAGAUCGAGCUAUAAUAAAUGUAUUUUCGUUGACAGUCAUUGCAUUUUUUGUUUCAUCGUUGCCAUACAAUGUAUUUUAUUUAGUAGUAGUACUUUUACACACUACUUUUGUUACGGUAGCUAAUGAGCAUAAGAAUGAACUUAUACUUGCAAAUAGUUGGCUUGGGCUUCUUGUAAUAUCCGGAUGUGUAAUGAACAUUUUUAUUUAUAGUGGAAAGUUUCCAGAUUUCCGUCGACAGAUACAUGGAUGGUUGCGAAAUAAAGAUAGAAGAAGUGUCGUUUUGUUUUUUGUGCCUCGGAAAAAUUUAUUCAUUGGAUCACGAAGAUAAAAACUAAAAGAAAAAUUUUACUUAUUUAUAUUAAUAUUUUUAUUCAAAAUUAAGUAUACAAAUUUAUUGUGUUAU